AUGCCGCCCGAGACUAACACGCCCCACGGGCCGGGAGAGGUGCCCGAGCCGCGCGCGGCGCCCAGCGCGUCAGAGCGCGCGCGCAGGGCCGCCCGCCACGUCGAGUGGGACGCCGCACCCGACGCGGUGCGCCCGGCCUCCGCCUCCGCCCUCGCCGAGUCCAGCGCGCCGCGGUACCCGGGGACGGGGACGCGCGGGGACCCGUUCGUCGUGGACUGGGACCUGGGCGACGCGGAGAACCCGUACAACUGGUCGACCCAGCGCAAGUGGGCGAUCACGUCGCAGCUCGCGCUCGGGACGUGGACGGUGUCGUUCUCGAGUAGUGCGUAUAGUGGGGGGAUGGCGUAUCUGAAGGAGGAGAUACCGAUGUCGGAGGAGGUCGUCGUGCUGGGCAUCUCGCUCUACGUCUUGGGCUUCGCGCUGGGGCCACGCCUCGUAUUUCUCUGCACCUACUCGACGUACACGCUCUUCCACCUCGGUGGCGCGCUCGGCCACAACGUCCCGACCAUCCUCACGACCCGGCUCUUGUCGGGUAUCUUCGGUUCCUCUCCGUUGACGAACGCCGGGGGCGCUAUUUCGGACAUUUUCAAUGCUCGUGAGCGGGGCGUUGCGUCGGCCAUCUACUCUACUGCCCCCUACCUUGGCCCCGUCAUAGGGCCCAUAGUUGGCGGUUUCGUCUCUCAGAACCCCAAGCUGGGAUGGCGCUUCUCGUUCUGGCUGAUGUUCAUAUUCUCGGCAGUCACCUUCAUUCUCGGUGUGAUCGUGACGCCCGAAACGUACGGCCCCGUCCUCCUGCGGAGGCGUGCACGGAAGCUCCAGAAACAGUCGGGCGGCUCCGUCCACUACACGACCAUCUACGACCUGGGGCGCCACUUACCCUUCCGAGACCUCAUGCGCGCCAACCUGACGCGGCCAUUCCGCUUCCUGUUCACGGAGCCCAUCGUCGCGCUCAUCGCGCUGUACAUCUCGGUCACCUACGCGACCCUCUACGCGGAGUUCUCCGCCUUUCCGAUCGUGUUCCAGGAGCACCGCGGCUUCACGGCGGGCGAGGGCGGCCUCGCGUUCCUCGGCAUCGGCGUCGGCGUCGUCCUCGGCACCGCAUUGGCGCCGAUCCAAAACAGGCUCUAUUGGAGGGCCAUGGACAAGAGCGAGUCUGGACAUGCUCCUCCUGAAGCGCGGCUGUAUUUGUCCAUAGUGGGUGCGAUAUUGCUCCCCGCGGGACUAUUUUGGUUCGCCUGGACGACGUUCCCCUCGAUCCACUGGAUCGUGCCCAUCCUCGGCGGGAUCCCGCUCGGCACGGCGAUCGCGCUCAUCCUGCAGUCGCUCACGGCCUACAUGAUGGACACGUACACGAUCUACUGCGCGAGCGCGAUCGCGGCGACGGUGCUGCUGCGCUCGGUGCUCGCGGCGGCGUUCCCGCUGUUCAGCCCCGUGAUGUUCAGGGCGCUGGGCGACCAGUGGGCGAGCAGCGUGUUCGCGUUUCUGGCGCUGGCGAUCAUGCCCGUGCCGAUCCUGUUCUGGAAAUACGGCCGACGGGUGCGGGCGAGGUCUAGGUUCGCCUGGCACGAGCCUACGGGGCAAUUCUCGGACGGGACGGCGACGUCGUCCCGAGCUACGACCAUCCGGGAGAAAGACAGGGUUUGAUGAUUCGCGGGAAACAAAAACAUAGAGCUCGGGUUUUAUUUUCUCUUACUUAGAUGACCAUCAGUCAGUAACAUAUUACGAUACGGUCAUGUUUUGACGACCAUUAUGGGAUGGGCAGUAGAGGUUCCGCUUUUGGACGGGAUGGCUACGUAAUUUAAUGAGUGCGGGCAGUUGAAGUUGAAACCCGCUGCUGUUGCGACAGACUCC